AUGCGUUUCACCCAGACCUUCUUCGCUGUUGCAGCUCUUGCUGCUGUUGGCUUCGCCGACGACGACGGUCCUUGUGACCCUCAGAACGACAACGGUGUUGUCUGCGUGAACGGCACCCCCGUCAGCAGUGAUGGCGUUGCAAUUGCUACCAACACCAACACCAACACUGUUAUCAUCGACUCGUCCACUCUCAACCCCCGUAUCUCGCUCGUCUCAUCCACCGACACCAACAUCUUGGUUUCGACCACUCGCAGUCUUGUCGUUGAGACCACCUCUCUUCCCCACUCUCUCGACACCCGCACUUCUACCUACCUGAACACUGUUGUCCAGACUUUGGACUCUGCCUACACUACCAACACCCUCGACACCAACACUGUGACUGCCACCAGCAGAGUUGGCGGAAAUGCCGUCACCACCACUGCUUCGACCAACACAAUCACCACCGGUACUUCCAGCAGCACCAGCAACCCCGGAGCUAUGCAGACCGCGGGAAAGUACGCACCCUACGGAGUUGCCGUGGCCGCCCUUGGUUUCGCUGCUGCCCUCUAA